AUGAGUUUAAGGGACCAGCGCCUGUGGAAGAAGAUCUGGUGGUCGCUUUUUACUGAAGACAAACACGCAGCUGCAGCGUUGGGGAGGCCUGUCCACAUCCGCCUUCGUGAUUGCGAUGUAGAACAGCUCUGCGAGUCAGAUUUUGAGGAGGAACCAGCACGGGACCCGGAGAUAUUUGGUGUCCAAGAGAGAGUGGAUGUCUUAUAUGUUCUAUUUCUUAGUGACCUCUCGAAAAUCGUCGAAAGGAUAAUAGAUAAAUCGUUUAAUGCGCAUGAUAAGACUCUCGCCGCGCAGGCCGAUACGCUCCAACUAUGCGAAGAGUGGCUUCUAGACUGGGAACGGCGGCUACCACCUGAGCUUCACCUAUCGCGGAGCGGAGAAUGUGUAUGGACUGGUAUGCUCCACAUUGCCCACUGCUGGUUUCGCAUCUUGACCCACCGAUCAAGAACGCCCGAAAACCCUUCAUCACCCUCCCGCUCCACCUCUCACCAGGUUGCCAUGAACGCAGCAAAUCGAAUGGUACGGAUCAUCGAAGAAGUGCUAUCUUCAUCCGCCAUAAACCAGUGUCCUAUACACGUUAUUCCUGCUUUGUUCGCUGCCAUGUCCAUGCACGCGCAACACAUUUGUUCUGGAGACCCAGUCCGUGAACAACUAGGGUCUGUGAAAAUCCGGCUAUCGAUGAUCGCACUCCGAGAACUGCAAAGCACCUGGCCCGUGAGCGGCUGGAUUUUCCUCCUUUUCACGAAAAUCAUUCGUCGCAUCCGGGAUACGGAUGAUUACCCGCCGCCAGCCAAUAGUAGCUCUGAUACGAUGACCGAGACGGGUGUCCAAGCGGAUACGUUGGGCGUUAGUGGUGAGUCGGGAAUGGCCCCCCCUGAAACGGCAACCCAACCGCACAUCCAGAUAACUCCCAACGGGAAUGCUGUUGGCUGGGAUCCCCAUGGCAUCACCAUGCCGUUGAAUUUCUCGACUGAUUGGAGUGGCGUCACUGAUGGGGACUUGUGUCUUGAUCCGGAAUUUGAUUUUAUGAUUGGAACACCCAGGGCAUCUACUCCUCGGAUUCCUAGAUCGAAUUUUUAUAAUUCAUAG